AAUUUGGCAACUUUCGCGAACAGUGAUAAUUUUUAUAUUUUCUGCACAAAUUUAUUUCCGCGAAUGGUGCCCAUUGUCAUUUUUGUGAAGAUCUGUUUUCGUGAAAGCAGAAUAAAAAUGCAAAAUUCGCAAAAAUUAACCUCGCCACUAAUAAAUUUCGGGUAGAAUGUAACUGGUUUGCUUUAGUGUAAAAAAAGAAAUGAACAAGCAAUAACCGUGGUUUAGGUAAUUUGCUAAAGAUUUUUUCGCAAUUUAUAAUGUGGAAGUUAUUUACUUUUUAGGUUAUUUUUCGCAUUAUGAAAUACACGCCUUUAAUAUCCUUGGGUUCGUUAACAUUAGCAUCAAAAGAUUUUCGAAAUCUUGUUCUGAUGUACGUUUACAGUAAGGAAGGUUCUGAUAGAGUCGUUCCGGCAAUCAAGGGCGUUGCGGAUGCGGACGAUCUGGCUUCGGUUGAAUAUCAAAACGAGUCGAAAAGGUGUCACGAACACUAUAAACAGCUAGGAAUUAUGCUGAAGCGAUCCACUUGCUUGUUUUCUACAAGAGAAAGACUGGCACAAGUUGGGAAAAUUCUUGACAAGUUACGAGAUUCCCAUGUAAAAAUAUGCACUGAACUUGGAAGUGAUUUGGCGUAUAGUUGUUAUGGUAUUUUCCUCCAUGCUUUUAUUGCUGGAUGGGAGGACGAUGAAAAAGUGAAAGCUUUCCAAGCAAUUAAAGGUGCUUCACUUUUGGAGGAAAGGAUUGUACAUGUGAUGAAAGCUAAACCUGGAAAUCUAUCUGGAUACGAAAGAUAUGUUCGUGUUUUUUGCAAAGAAAUUUUCUUGAACAGAUCAUGCCCUUCUGAUAUAUCGUUUUGGAUCGCACAGAUUUUAAAACCAUAUCCUAUUUGCUUUCAAGCCAGGUUACUGUAUAUCCUGUUUGGUCCUUGUGAUUCUGAGAGUGAAAAUAUCAGUUGGGAACAAAUGACGGUGUCGUCCGAAAUGGCUGUGCAAGAUUUAAUGGAAUUAGCCAAAGGAAUACAAGUAUUACAAGAUGAUGCACGUGGUUUAUGGAGUGCAGAUGAUCUUAUCAGUCUUUUUGAAGAAAUGACCACAAUCGCAAGAGAAUGGGAUAUUGAAAACGUUGCAAUCCUUUUAAAGUUUUGUGGAGAUUCUAUGUGUUGUGAAGUGUUAGGAAACAAAGCUGUGAAUGGCCGAAUGACUGAACUGGCUUACCUACUUUACUACACCUGGCAGUAUUGCAGUCGUGUAAACCAAUCGAGUAUGUACAUAAAGAAGGAGCAAGAAUGGUUCAUUGCUUUGAUCCAACACCUUAGUAAACUACUUCCGCGAGCCAAAGAUCACACAGACCUAAUAAAUCAGAUUUUUUCUAUAUAUGAAGAAGGCAUGAUAGAUAUCUUAGAUGAUCAAGCGCAUAUUCCUGUUAAUGAAUACGAUACGAUAAAGGUUUUUUCCCCUUGGUUUAACCAUUUUACUACAGAUCAUGCUUAUGAUUAA